GCGACCUUAUAUAUAAACGUAUUAUUAAAUUUUCUAUUGUUUAAAAUUAACAAAAAAAAAACAACAAAUAAAAAAUGAGCAAGAAGGUUAGCAUACGAUAUCUUAUUGAUGUUGCAAUUGGAAACCCAGAGCCUGGAAUUGUAAAUUUUAAUGCCCUUUACACUGUUCUUCAAGCAAUUUCUCAGAAACUUGAUCUUAAAGAUGAGGAAAUUGAAAUCGACAGUUCUUUUUGUCCAAUUUCAACAAAUACUUUUGGCAGUAAAAGUAACGUAUCAUCAGAAAGAUUAAUGGAACAUCAAGUAUAUGAUAUUCUACCGAUGUCGGAUAAAAUUAAAGAAGGCCAACAAAACAUGUGCAGUACAUCAAAAGAAGCUUUUCAAAGUAAAAAUUCAACAGAAAAUAAAAAAGCUCAUCGUUUUGUGUCACUACAAGACCAGCAAACUGCCGAAGAUCGUAAAGUUGCAUUUGGUCACACUGAAACUAAGAACGAUGAUGAAGAAAUGUCAAGCCUUCACGGAUCCAAGAAGUCUAAGAACUUUGAAAUCAGGCAACAAGUUGAUUGUCUCUAUUCCAGAUUAGACAAAAUUGAAAAUAUAGCCAUAUGGAGUGUAGACACUGAACAGAGCGUUGAGUGCCUUCGACAAAUAGUACAGAUGAUUCAAGAUAAAAUGGAUUUACUCGAACAAUCAGUAUGUGAAUUAAAAGAUAAACAAUUUAUUCGGGAAGACGAUAAAACAGCUUGCAGAUUGAGAUCGGAUUAUUUGAAAUUGUCAGUUAGUACUAAUAUCCUGAGAAAUGAGCUGGAUGCUUUGAAGAACUCAAUUAUAAGUGGUAAUUACAAAAACUUACAAAUGAAGGUAACUUCUGAAACACCUCAUGGAUCAGCUGAUUUCAAAAGGCUUGAAGAUCAAUUAAUUGAACUCAAAUCUAAUGUUUGUGUUUUGAAUGAAAAGAUUACACGCUUAGAAGAAUAUAAAGCUAAAACUGAUGAAAACUCCUCGAUGGUUACACAAGAUUUGUUUCAUAAUCAAAUGUUGGGUCUCAAAACUAAAAUUGAAAAUUUAAUUUUACAAACCAAACAUCAGGUUUUUGAAGAACUUGGAAACAAGAUCGACGAAGUAAAAAAAACAACAAUGGAUAAAGAAGGACUUGAAGAACUGUUAUCAGAAAAAGCUGAUUAUUCGAUGCUUCAUCAAAAAGUUUCGGUAGAAAAUAUGACUGCUGAACAUCGUAAAUUUGAGAAACAAUUAGCUGAAAUCACUAAUUGUGUUGUCAUUAAUGAAGAGCAUGUUCAGAAACAAAUUGAUGAGAUUAAAAGAAUUGUUGGCGAGGAAAAUAUCCUUGCCAUGUUCAACGAUUUCAAAUCAACAUUCAAUAUACAAAUUAAAAGUGUGUCCGACGGAUUAAAAAAAUUGUCUUCAAUAAAGCCUGAUGUCGAUGCAGCAGCCACAAGGCUAAAAGACUUGGCAUGUUUAUCUUGCGAUCGGGAUGUUGUUAUGAAAGCAACCGAGACAAAUAAUUUGGUUAAAUUCAAAGAUGCACAUGUAUCGAAAACAAUGAGUUCUUCCAUUACAUUUGAGGUAGGAAAAUUGAGACAAGCUGGAAAAGUUGGGCUUUUCUAUGAUGAUGACAUUAUUUUUGAGUUGGACAAAAAAUUUCGUCACAGUGGUGGUGUUCAUACCAUUGUCACUAACAGAGAUCGUAUUCUUAAGACAAGAGUCCGAAACAACAAUUAAAUCAAUUAUGUAUUAUGAUUUACUUGUUACAUCUACCCAGAAUCUAUUAAUUUGAAAUAAAAAUUGUUGUUGAGCAAAUA